AUGGAGACCCUGGAAGGAGCUGAACUCUGCUUUCCACACCUCCUCAACACCUCCUGCAGGAAGCCGAUGCUUUCUCGCUCUGAAACCACGACCAUCUACAUCCUGCUGUCCUCCAUGUCUCUGCUCACUGUGGCUCUCAACCUGCUGGUCAUCAUCUCCAUCUCUCACUACAGGAAACUCCACACCCCCACCAACCUCCUCCUCCUCUCUCUGGCUGUGUCAGACCUCCUCGUGGGCCUCCUGCUGAUGCCGGGUCAAAUCCUCAUAGGAGGCUGCUGGUUUCUGGGUGACCUCCUGUGCACUCUGUAUUACUUUGUGGAUUUUAUUCUAACUUCUGCCUCAGUAGGAAAUAUGGUUCUCAUAUCAGUUGACCGCUAUGUGGCUAUUUGUGACCCUCUGCGUUACCCCAUCAGAAUCACUCAGAAAAGAGUUAAAAUCUGUGUUUGUCUGUGUUGGAUCUGUUCUGUUUUCUACAACAGUCUAAUCCUAAAUGAUAAUCUGAGACAACCAGGCAGAUAUAAUUCCUGCUAUGGAGAGUGUGUUGUUAUCAUUAACUACAUUGCAGGAUCUGUUGACCUCAUUUUGACAUUUAUUGGUCCCAUUACUGUGAUCAUAGUUCUGUAUAUGAGAGUGUUUGUGGUGGCUGUGUCUCAGGCUCGUGCCAUGAGAUCCCACAUUGUGUCUGUCACUCUGCAGCCUUCAGGGACUGGAACUGCUAAGAAAUCUGAGCUGAAAGCAGCCAGGACUCUCGGGAUUGUCAUAGUUGUGUUUCUAAUAUGUCUCUUUCCUUAUUACUAUCCCUCUCUUACAGGCCAAGACACCUUGAUCACUGCUUCAGCUGUGGCCUUUGAGAUCUGGCUGUUCUAUUUUAACUCCUGUCUAAACCCUGUGGUUUAUGCUUUUUUCUAUCCAUGGUUUAGAAAAUCUAUUAAACACAUAGUUUCACUUCAGAUCCUGCAGCCUGACUCCUGUAAGGCCAGCAUACUGUAG